AUGGAUCCUGGUAAAAAACUGAACGGUAUCUUGAAAGUGAUUCCUUCUUUUGGUUUUAAAAAAACGGAUAUGUCUCAAUUAUCAUCGAAAGACAAGAGAUAUGUUCAACAGGUUGAAAAAGCACUCGCAUCGUUCGAUUCACUUGAAGAAUGGGCAGACUACAUUGCAUUCUUAUCUAGGUUACAGAAGUCGUUACAAUUGAGUGACGACAAUAAGGCGACUCAUACAUUGCCAGGGAUUGUCUAUUCCCAUCAAAUAGCGAACAAAUUAUCGCUUUGUUUGUCUUCAAAAUUGCCAAAUGGAGUGCAUCAAAAAGCAUUGAGCUUAUACGAAGAUAUUUUUCGUGCCCUCUCUACAAAAGCAUUGAACGAAGAACUAUCUAUAUGGCUACCAGGGUUGUUACCUGUAUUAUCGUUUUGUUCGCUUCAGAUUAAGCCACAAUUAUUGAAGUUAUAUAAAGAGCAUAUAUUGGCAAAUGUUUCAACAAGUAACUUACGAAUAGUAUGUAAGCCGUUGAUAUUGAGUUUACUACCUGGACUUGAUGAUGAGAAUUCAGAAUUAUUUACCGAUGUUUUGGACUUGAUGGAUUUAUUGAAAAAGAAACUCAACAAUGAUUCUCAUUUCUGGCAAAGCAUGUUUUUAUCAAUUAUCAGUAAUCCCGAAAAAAGACUUGGGGCUCUUUGCUGGUGUAAUAAGAGGUUGCCAGUAUUUCAGUCAAUUGUGUCAGAAGAUAAUACAACAAAAUUUUCCGAUGAAGCACAAGCCUGCCUUACUCCAGAUUCUGGUCUUCUUAUCAGGGCAUUUGCUACAUCUAUUAACUCAGUAACGAAUUUCAAUCCUGCUAGUGAUAUUAUAGUUAUUCGUGGAUUUUUUGAUUUGCUUUUAACCCAUUUGCCUCUUAACAGCAAAGUUUUACAUGAAAUGAUUUUUAAUAAAGAUAAGGAAAUGUUGAUGAUGGCCUGUUGUAGAGUGACAUUAAGAAAGGAUAUGAGUUUGAACAGACGGCUAUGGAAUUGGCUCUUGGGGCCUGAAAAUGAACAUCAUAAUACUGAUAUGCCAAACGAAUUAUCUCGUGCUAAAUAUUUUCAAGAUUAUGGCUUGGAAUCCUUAACAUCUGGACUACUUAAGAUCAUUGAAGGUUCAAAAUACAGUAGUAAUCAAAAAGUUGAUGCUAUAAGAAUUUCGUUAUCUUUGAUAAUGGAUAAAUGGGAAAUAUGUCACACGGUUACUGAUAAACUAUUUUUGCCAAUUAUGAAAACAUGUUUUCAAGAAUGUUGUCGUCAGCAAAAUAAGAAUGAAUCAAAUAUAAUAUUAAAUUCUACGCAGACAUUUUUUGAUGGUGUAGAAGCUUCUUAUAUUUGGAAGAAUCUCAUAUCUUUGAUGCUAGAUGGGUAUAAUGAAAAACCCGAUCUUAUUCAUUUCAUUUUGAAUAAUUUUGACUUCAAUGAAGAGGAAAUGGUAACAACGCAUGUACCAAUUGCAAUUUUGGUUCUACUUAGAAGUGGAAUUUAUAGUUUGAAGUGGCUCGAUGUCCUUGAAAACCUUGUUACUUUAAUCCCUCAAAGAACGUUCACUUCAAUUGUUGAAGAUGAUCACUUAAAGAACUAUUCAAAAGAUGAAAUCAUGUCCUUAGUAAUAGAUUAUUACAAUGCAUUAACCAACGAUGAGUCUACGAAAUUUCCUAUUCCACUGUCUGCAUUUUCGUCUUUGAUAAUAAAUUCACUUGAAGAAUUAUAUAUAAAGAAUUUGGACAAUCCAGAAUGUUCAUUGCGGUUGUGUUCUUUAUUUUGUGAAAUUUUAUAUGCAAUUCCUAAUGAUAAUAAAGAUAUUGCUUGGUCAAAUAAGCCAAUCGUGAAAAAGAUGCUUGAACAACAGGUGACGAAUGAGCAGACAAGUCAAGCAGACAAGCAAAAAAAUUUACUAAUUGCAUUCAGUUUGACCAAAAUGCUCAAUCACAUAUCCGAUAAUUUAUCUCCAAUUGAAAAGGCUAAAUUACUCAAGAUAAUUUUAUCUAAUUUGUGGACAUCGUUAGUAUCACCAUAUCCGGCGAAUUAUCAGGUCGAGACUGUGAAAUGUAUUUUUGAUCUCGAAAUAAGUUGCCCAAAUUAUCACAUAACUGCAGGUAUUUUGAGGCUUCUAUUGCAAUCUCCUAUUAAUGAACGAGUACGAGCAUUUUCCGUUUUAUGGAUUCAUUCUAAUUCGUUCAACGACUCAAACGCAGUAUUAGCGAGACCCUUGCAAUUAUUGUUAGAUGAUAUUCAAGAUGAGGAUAAUGAAAACUCGAUGUCAGUUAUCAAUUUUAUUGCGUAUGUGUUUAAGAGUGGCUCGGGUAAUAGAUUAUUAAAAUUAGUCACUAGUCCUUUAUUAAGUUUUGAAUUCAUGAAUGUUGAUACAAAAGAGUUGGGUUGUGAAGAUGAUUUGGCUCAGUUUGCGUACCAUUUAAAUACAAUUUUGAAUCUAAUCAGGACUAAUGGUAAGCCAGUGAAGGAUGCAUUCAAUACCGAAUUAGCUGUGAUGGAUAAUAGUGCUAAACUAAAAAUCAUUAAAUCAAAUGAUUGGGAUAUAUCUACUUAUAAAUCCUUAAUAUUUUAUGUGAUUGAGAAGUUCUUUAGUUUGAAGCUUAGUAAAGAUAUUAGAAACGAUGCUGCUACAGUGAGCAGUUAUUUCAAGAAUAUAAAUAUCAGUCUUCAAUUGCUUUCUAAUCUAGUUACUGGGAAUGAACCAGAUUUUGCCAGCAAAUUCCAUAUGCUUAUAGAGACGUGUUCUUAUUACACGAACCUUUCGGAUAAGAAGUUAUAUGAAAGCGAAUUGAUUGAGAAUAAAUUUUUGAAGUGCAUUCUCCAUUUUUUGAAGAUAGCACAGGACUUGAAGAUAAAUCUAAAUUUGCUUCACAUUGAGGAUGAAGGGAAAGAUCCAUUGAUUGUAAGAUUCAUAAUUCAAGGAAUUGAAAAAUCGCAGACUUCCCUUUUAUUAGAGAGCUGGAUGUCCCUUUUAACAAGAUCAUUAUAUUUGUUUAAUGAGUCUGUGUUUAGUGUAAUACUUACUUUGAACGAUGCUAUUAUUAAGAAGAUUGAUUCAUAUUUCAAAACAAUCAAGAGCUAUGAUCACUUUGAUCAACUAUCCGAUAUCGAAGCAUCAAUAGGUGUUCUAAUUUCAGGCCUAGAAGAUUUACUUUCUAUUAGUCACAGCUAUUUGUUGACCUCUAAUAUGAGGGCAAAUAAUGAUAAGAUUAAUAGUAACAGUGAUUCAGGAUUUUUUGGAAAUGUCAUACAAGGCGUUUUUCAAUUGGAAUCCCCUGCUUUCCGUUCUACGGAACAAAACAAGCUUUACUCCAUUUUAUUAUCAUUUCAAGAUGCCUCAAAACUAUCCUUCCUGAUUUGGGUUUGGGCAGAUAGAAAGCCCCAGAUAAAUACAGAUGCAGUUGCAGAAAAAUCUUUAACAUAUUUGGCUCAUAAGCUAAAAUUUAAGACAAGAAAAUUCCUAGAAACUUUAGUGGAAUUGGAAAGACAGGAAGUAAUAGAGACAUUAAUUAAGUAUGACAAUGCAUCAUCUGCAACCAUAAAAUUAUUACAUGUUCUAGAUGGUGGUAGACCGCAAGUUUCUUUACCACAUAUAUGGAACUCUAUCAUUUCGAGAUGCCACGCUUCAGUUUUAGAAGAGUCUCAGGUAUCUUCAUUAACAACGAAUAUUUCAGCCAAAGAGUUAUCUAGGUUUUUGGUGGACUAUGUGGAAACAAUUGAUAAUGACUCUAUAUCUGAUAUCUGGAAUCCAACUAUUCUAUUCUUCAGAGAAGUAAUAUCAUAUUCUGCACAUUUUAGUGAAGUCUUAUCUGAUUUUUUAAAAGUUAUUAAAACCUUGUCACUAAAACUUAAUUCAUCAAAAUUUGGAGAACAGAAGAAGAACAAGAAAGAAUUGGCUGACCUAUUCCUCAAAUUAUUGACUACUUCUGUGAGCUCAAAGAAUAAGGGGUUUUCAGCAAUAGAAACAAGCCAGAAUGAUGAGGAAGACAAGACGAAUGAAGGUUCAGCACCCGCUGAACACCCCCUUGCAUCCGAAGAUGAACUAUUUGAUGCACUUUCUGCUAUCCUUGAAUACUUAGAUGACAUUAUGCAAGAUUCAGAUAGAGCGUCUUCUUGUAUCAACACCAUUAUUGCUAAUUUAGUAUCGCCGCAAAUCAAACCCAAACGUAUUCAUGAAAUUCCGUCGAAAACCUUAGCUUUAAUGGAAUUAAUUGGUAAAUACCACCCAAAUAAGUCCUGGAAGUCAUUAAUUUCGGAUUCUUUUAUGGAUAACAGCUUCUUUAAUGUAAGUGAAACUAGAUUGAAUCAAUGGAAGCCAAUAAUCAGCAGUUGGAUUUCGUGUGAGAGGGAUAAAAUAGGGGAUCUAGUAAUGAAGAUUACCCCUUCAGUGCUGUCUACGUCAAGUAAUAUUUUUGUGUGGAAUGAAAAUUCAGAAGUUGAAAGUAAACGGUACGUCAUACGGAGAAUAAGCUUUUUGAUAAUUUGUCAACCUGAUGAUUACUUCUUACCUAAUUUAGAUGAUAUAUUCGGCAGAAUUACGUAUUCUUUGGAUACAUUAUGCCCUGUUUCGUAUAGAACAGAGAUAACAAGGUUGAUUCGAGUUUUAGUUCUCAAGUUCAGUGAGUUGCAUUUACUCCCACAUUGGAUUACCAUAAAUCAUGAGUUGAUAAAUAUCUUCGAAUUCCUUAAGGAAAAGCCACUAAAAGAAUUAAUAUCCUUGACAUUCGAAGAAGUGAAUCUUAUCCUAAGUGGAUGCAAGUUGUUGGACCAACUAUUAUUAUUAAAAUAUGAUGAGUUCAAUUUAAACGAAUGGCUUUUUAUUUCAUCAAACGCAGAUGUUGCUGACAGUGGAGCCAAAACUUCUCUAUUUGCAAUUAUUGACAAAAUUGCGACUGAAAAUGAUGUAGCGUUAUCCAAAGAAGCUACAAUCAGGAUUGAGCAGCCUAAUGAGGAAAUGAUUCCUUUACUUUACGGUGUGAAGAAUAUCAAAUCGAUUUCUAGCCUAAGAUCUUUCUUUGACUCAUUAAGUCUUAUAAAUUACGAAAGAACGUAUAAUUUAUUCGAAGUUAACAUUAAUGCUUGUAUAGAAGAUGCCAUCAAUGAUCUAAUUGUUUGA